AUGAGCACAUCAAGCCUCAGUUCACCAGAAUCAUCGCGCGGGAGCGAUAAGAUAGUUGUAAAUUUCCACGAUAAGGGCGCUACCAAGGGAUUUAGCGAUAGCGGUUCAGAAGCCUCGACUCAACCGCUCAGCAAAUCCAGCAGCGAGCUGUCGGAGCCACCCGAGGAUAGAAUAAAGGCGGAGGAGGCUGUGCAUCCUGCCAUCGCCCACGAACCCACUCUCGCUUCCGCUCUCGAUCCAAUCCCUUCAAACAUUCCGCACGAGCUGGCUAUGGAUCCCCCGCCUGAAGCUGUCGCAGCGCCUACAACUGAGAAAGAGGUCGGUGCUGGUGAGGCGCUGAUUGACAUGGCGGUGGAUGGCGAGGCUGAGGAGGCUGAGCCGGGCGAGAAGGUUGAGGAGCAACUCGAAAAGCAGCAGCUGGACGAGGAGCAAGACCAAGACGAGGAGCAGCACCCCGCAACAAACCCGCCACCAACCGAACAUGAAACACCUCAACCCCCCUCGCCCUCACCCUCACAUUCACACUCACAUUCGGACGAAAACACACAUGCACACACUGCCACAACGACGGGCACAUCCACAGCAUACCACGUCGACGACGAGCGCGAAGAUGCCCUCGCCCACCUCACCAAGCUAGAGAUAGAAUUUGCGAUGCUGCGCAAUAAGCUUUAUGUGGAGCGUAUGGAAGACGUAGGGCGGGAGAGUGCGAUGAUCGCAGAUGGCACACACCCCGAAUUACAGCAUCUACACACUAUACUCGCUCAAAGACGCGAUACACGACUCUCUCUCGCCAGCAUAAGGUUGAGGAAGCUCGAGGAAUCGCACAAAACCACUUUUCGCGCUGAGCAGACCGCUGCCUGGACUAACUGGGUUGAGGGCGUGAAGCAACUCCACUAUGGGCAGGGUGACAAGGUCGAGAGUGGCAGCUAUGGUUGGGGUGGUGGGUUGCAGGGCAACGAUAGGAAGAGGAGGAGACUCGAGAGAGAAAAGGAGGCGCUCGAGGUGCCUAAAAUCCUUCAACGGCCGCCCAUUGCUCACCUCGCCAUCAAGGCUACUCAACAGCUCGCUUCACUCCCACCCCCUCAAUCCACGGCAAGUAAAAACAAAAAACGCGGCAGAUACCCGAGGAAAGACCACAUCAACCACGAUAAACAGAAGGUGUCGAUGAAUAAUUGGCACGAUCUCAAUUCCAUGUUCGGUGAGCCGUUGAGUAGUAUUGAGGAUGUCCAGCUGGCGAGGCAGGCUGUGGACGAGGAUAUGAUGGCGAUGAAUGAUCGACAGCAGGAACUCCACGUUGAAACGGAAACAGACCACAGCAGACUAAUGCAAUCCAGCCAUCCGUCGCCGUUGUAA